GAGGAGAGGCCGGAAGUGUUCGCUGGCGGGAACUUGAAUGUGAUUUUUUUUUUCCUCUAUCAGAGCGAUUGAAGAUCUAGUUUUUGCUUUUUCCAGAAAUUCGCCCCAGUUUGCCUAAUACAUACAAUAAAUACAGAUUUUUUUCGAGUCAAUUUUACAGUCUAGCUAAACUGAGAACCAGAUGAGCGCUGAACUUAAGAAAAUCGUCUGUCUGUCAGAUGGAGAUAAAACGGCAGAGCUUCAGAAAAAGUUGUCUUCUAUAACAAGUGACGAGCUGAUCACCAUGGUUACCAGCAGCGCACUAAAGGCCAAGAAUGUCGGUGCCACGAUUAAAGCCAUAUUUAAAGGGUCACCACCCAGUUCCACUGAAGGAUCAAACCGCAGACUUCUCCUGUACCAGCACUGUAUCCCUCUCUGCCAGUCUGGGGACCUUCAGCCUGAGGUUGCAGCUGAUAUCAUUGGGUUGCUGAUGCUGGAGACUCACACUUUGCCUGGACCUUCUCUUGCACAAUUGGCAUCUCUCUUUGUCGACACCAUUAAGGUGGGAAAAAUGGGCAGCGGAAAAUCCCUCGAACUUUUUCCCACUGUGCUCACUGCCCUUGCAGCAUGUGAAUCCUUGUCUUAUGGCAAAGGAGAACUCCGUGGUGAGGAAUACAAAAAGCAGUUGAUCAACAGCCUCUGCUCCAGCAGAUGGGACCCACAAUGUGUUAUUCAUCUGACAACCAUGUUCAGGGACGUGCCCUUGUCAUCAGAGGAGCUGCAGUUUGUAGUGGAGAAAGUGCUGAGAAUGUUCAUGAAGUUGGAUUUACAGGAGAUUCCCCCACUGGUUUACCAGCUGUUGCUGUUAUCUGCAAAGGGUUGUAAGAAACAGGUCUUGGAUGGAAUCAUCAGCUAUUUUAAGGAGCAAGAUGUUCACCAGGAAGAAGAGCAGAAUCAUGGAGAGAGCCUUGAUCUGGAGGUUCAGUCCAUUCCACAGGACCAGUUGAGGCACGUGGAGGGCACUGCUAUUCUCCACAUUGUAUUUGCCAUACGACUGGACCAUGAACUUGGAAGGGAGUUCCUUAAAACCUUGAAGACAUGUUAUGGGGAGUUGUGUCCUUUCAGUGUUGCUCUGUUGCUCUCAGUGGCAAGGAUCCAGCGGUAUGAGGAGCAGGUGUUUGAACUUCUGAAAGGGGCUGUCAUUAAGAGUUUCAAGGAUGAGCAACUGCAGCAGGGUUCAAAGUUCCUGCAAGACCUCCUGCUUCCACAUUGUAAUGUGGCUCAGAUGAUAUUGGACACAGUUAAGAACAGUGUGUUUGGGUGGGAUCAUGUAACUCAGGGGCUGGUUGAGCUGGGCUUCUUCCUCAUGGAUACAUUUGGACCCAAACCUGGACCAUUUGGCAAGUCCACAGAAGGUUCUGCUUCUAUAGCCAGGACCCCCACUCAGCAGGCAUGCAGGUUGGGAGGUCAGGUCCUCCUGCAGGGCUUUAAGAUGCAUGAGCCUAUCAGAGGAGAGAUACUGGAGCAAGUCCUCAAUCGCUUGGUCACAAAGACUGCCUCACCUGUUUACCAUUAUAUAGAGCUUUUCUCAGACAUGGUGGUCUCUGCUCCCAUGAUCCUCCUGGAAUCAUCUGCGAAGGUGACUGAGACAUUUGACCACCUGUCAUACCUGCCUUUGGCCACUGUUCAGGGUCUGCUAAAAGCUGUUCAGCCCCUGCUCAAAGUCAGCAUGUUGUUGAAAGAUGCUCUGAUUCUAGUUCUUCGCAAGGCCAUGUUUUCCAGCCAACUGGAUGGACGAAAGUCAGCAGUGACUGGCUUCUUGCUGCUUCUGAAGAAUUUCAAAGUAUUGGGAAGCUUGACCUCGAGUCAAUGUAGCCAGGCAAUCUCCUCCAGCCAGGUACAAGUGGAUGUUCAUUCUCGUUACAACGCUGCUGCCAAUGAAGCAUUCUGCCUGGAGAUUCUCAGCAGUCUGCGGCGCUGCCUGGGCCAGCAGGCUGACAUACGCCUCAUGCUGUACGAGGGCUUCUAUGAUGUUCUCCGCCGCAACUCCCAGCUGGCAAGCUCUGUCAUGCAGACUCUCCUUUCUCAGAUCACGAGGUACUAUGAGCCUGAACAAGACCUGCUUCCCCCGGUGAAACUGGAGCCAUGCAUCACUGCUCAGGGAGACCAAGUCUACCUCCAGGAGCCACUGGCUCAUCUGGUGAGCUGUAUUGUUCACUGCCUUCUGUGGCUUCAGAGCAUCCGCCGAUCAGUCAGUCCUAACGCUGAUGACAGUGACAACGAUGAAGCGGAGGAAGGAUAUGAAUCAGAGCUUCAGACUGUUCUAGAGAGCUUGACAAGACGCAUGAUCAAGAGCGAAUUGGAGGAUUUUGAGCUGGAUAAGUCAGCAGAGUUCUCCAUGGGAUCCAGUGUUGGAGUGAAAAAUAAUAUCUAUGCUGUUCUGGUUCUGGGAGUCUAUGAAGUCCUCAUUGAGUAUAAUUUUGUGAAAGCCAACUACAGCAAAACCCACUUUGAGGAGCUCAUAGAACUGUUUAACCAUUACCACAAACUGUCUGAGAUCCUGAAGGAGAAGUCUGGAAAGAGUCGAGUGCCCUCACACAAAACCCCUCGCAGUUUGCUCUCCAUGGGCUUCAUAUCAACUCUCCUCACUGCACUUUUCAGAGACAGCACUCAGAGCAGAGAGGAAGCACUCUCUGUGCUGCGUUCCAGUGCAGACUUUGUGCGUUAUUCUGUUAGCGUGGCUGUGCAGAAGAUCCAGCAGCUGGAGGACACUGGACGCACAGACGGGCCUGAUGGACAGAACAUGGAUAGAACCUUCCACUUCCUCUGUGAUAUGACAAGUGUGCUGAUGUGGCGUUACACUAACAUUCCCAGUGCGCUGGAAGAUGCAGGGCGGAAGGAGAAGCGGUGCAGUUUGUCCCACCUGUGUCUGGAGGGUCUGCUCAGAAUCUUCACAACCUGCCUGCAGCGGUACCCAGACAGGAUGGGCCAGCUCCUCUCUGCAAUGGAGGAUGAUGCUGAAUCAGAGGACAACAACAAUACAGAGAUCAACUUCUUUUACAUCCGACAGUUUCAGAGGGCGCUGUUUACACAGUUAAGUGGAGGAGAAGACGAAUUUAACAGUAAAGAGGCUCAACUUUUGGUCAGCAUUUUGAGUGUGCUCUCCCGCCAGCUGAAGCCCUCGUCCCAGCAGUUUGUUCAGAUGAUUACCUGGACGGUCAAAAUCUGCAAGGAGACCAGUUUUGAAGACACUGCUUUCACAAAGGGUCUGCUCUCUCUUCUCUUCAACUUGCACAUGCUCUAUAAGAGUCCUGUUGGCCUUUUGCUUGAACUCUGCCAGGACAUCCACAGCCAACUUGGAGAUGUCGAUCAGGAUGUGGAGGUGGAAAAACAGUCUCACUUCCCAAUCAUCACCAUGAAGACAGCCACAGCAGCUGCACUGCUGGUCCUGGCUCAGAUGGGUAGAGUGCUCGAUGAAGUGGACUGGCUGAUUGCCAGAAAGAAAAACCAGAUGUGUGAGAAAUUAGUAACAGCUGAUUCCACGCAGUCUCGGGGACAACAGGACCCACUGGAGAAAGCGGUGACACUGCAGCUGGGAUCCCUGGUGACAGCACUGAACGAGCUGGUCCAGACGGCACUGCUGCCCGGCCCCUGCACAGACACACUACUACGCGAACUGAGUCGCACAUACACCAUCCUCACCACCCUCGUCAAAUAUUACAUCCAGCUCUGUCCCAACCAGCAUGGAACACUCCCGGCACGCUUUGAGAAGCUGGUCAAACUGUCAGGCUCCCACCUAACACCACAGUGCUACUCCUUCAUCACAUACGCACAGAGCGGAGAACUAAGUAAUGGUGGUGCAGAAAACAAGAAAAAGAAACUGAAUGAAGUGAGCACAGCUGCCUCUGCCAAAGUUCUCCGUGAGACAAAAACCAUCCCGAACCUGAUCUUCAGCAUUGAACAAUAUGAGAAAUAUCUCAUCGCACUGUCAAAGAAGUCAAAGGUCAAAUUGAUGCAGUACAUGAAGCUGAGCACUUCAAGAGAUUUCCGCAUCAAUGCUGCCACUCUAGAUGCAGCGUUGCAGGAGCAAGGCGACAGUCAGAAAGCCACAGUGUCACAGGAAGCAGAGGACACACAGGAACCCAAACAGAAGAGGCGAAAACAGUGACCUGGCACUCGGUGUUCCUCUUGUCGCCUACAUCACUCACUGAUUUGAGCGACUCCUGGAUCUGUUUGGCC